AUGGAUUACACAAUGAUUUUAGAGAGAAAACAAUAUAGACUUGAAAGAGAAGGUAAAUUUGAAGUGUGUUUGAUGUUGGAUUCGUAAAUUUUAGUAUGGGAUGGUAAUUUAUGUGAUUUGAAGGAAUUACACAUUUAUUUUAGAGAAUGUGUUAUUGAUUGUAAUUAUAAUUAAUAGGAAAUUGGGUUGUUUUUAUGA